GGGGGGGUCUAUUUUUAGCCCCUGAAUGGAUCUGAGCUGGAGCCGGGCUCUCUGCCCCCGUCAAGGGGACGGCAUCAUGUUGUGCUGGGAGGGCUCUCCUGCGUGGCUCCUCGAAUGGCUCCAUCCCCGCCUGGCGCUGGGGGACAGGCAUGGAUAACUUCGAGUACAGCAUCCAGCUGAACGACCGGGAAUGGGCUGAGUUCUUCCAGGCUUCCGAGGAGUGCAGCCUGGCGCCCGCCUCGCUGGCCACGGCCGAGGAGCAGUGUCUCAGUGACAUUGAGCAAGGGGAAGCCUCGGGACGGGACGGCGAGGUCGCCUCCAGGGCGGGCAGCGAGCCAGGGCCUGGCAGGGCCAGCGCUGCCCCACGUGGGGCCGGCACCGCCCCGCGGCUGUGCCCGGAGCGUGGGCACCGCUCCGAGCCCGAGCCGCUCCCGGACAGCGGCGGCGAAGCGGGGCCGGGCUGUGCGGGCGCGAUCCCCGGUGCCAGGGCCGAGGCCGGGUGCCCGGCAGGCGCUGCCAUGCCCAGCGCCCAGCGGAGGCAGCCGCCCCCCGGGCCCUCGGCUCCGGGCGGCCCCGGGCAGGGAGCGGCCCCGGGCAGCCGGGCCCCGGAGCCCGAGCAGGGCGGGGAUGCGGCAGCGGGACGAGCCCCGCUGGCACAGCCGGCGGUGCUGGCGCAGCCGGAGGCUCCGGCAGCCUGUGCCUCCGCCGAGGGAUCGGCCGAGAAAAGCGCUGUCCCCUCGGAGCCCGGGCUGCGGGGACCCGCGGGGGACCCCCCGAGCCCGGCCCUGGGGACGGUGCCCGGGGCGGGCACGGAGCCGAGCUCGCCGGGCGGAUCCCCCAGCGUGGUGAGGCCGAAGGUGCCGGCGCAGCCGAAGAAGAGCCGCAGGCAGCGCGGAGCCACCGAGGGGGACAGGGACCCUGCGGCGGCCGCGGCACCGGGAGCCACCGGAGCCGGGAAGGCCCCUCCGGGCUCCCCGAUGUCCCCUCGGAAGGGCAAAGGGAAGGACAAGGCGGCCAAGGGAGCGCUGGUGAGGCUGGGCAGCGAGGAGGCUGCCGAGAACAAGCGGCCGGUGCCCGGCGUGGAUGGCGGCGAUGCCGGGGCUGCUCCCCCGAAGCAGAAGGGCAAGGAGCCGGGCCCGCAGUCCCCAGGGAAGGCAAAGGCCACCAAGCACCCCAAGGCAGGGCAGGCCGGUGGCUUGGGCGUACGUGACAGUGUCCCAGUGGUCCCUGGCGAUGGAGCCGCGGCUCCUCCAGCAGAGGCGUGCCAGGAGAUGCCAGGGAAGCCUCUCCAGCCCGGGAGCGCGGCAGCGUUUGGAGGGAAUGCUGCUGAGGGGGCUGGGGUGAAACCUGCAGCUGAGAUCCCUGCAGUUCCUGCAGCUGAGAUCCCUGCAGUUCCUGCAGCUGAGAUCCCUGCAAUUCCUGCAGCUGAGAUCCCUGCAAUUCCUGCAGCUGCGAUCCCUGCAGUUCCUGCAGCUGAGAUCCCCAGGAAGCCCUCAGAGAUCCCUGCAGUUCCUGCAGCUGCGAUCCCUGCAGUUCCUGCAGCUGAGAUUCCCAGGAAACCCUCAGAGAUCCCUGCAGUUCCUGCAGCUGAGAUCCCCAGGAAGCCCUCAGAGAUCCCUGCAGUUCCUGCAGCUGAGAUCCCCAGGAAGCCCUCAGAGAUCCCUGCAGUUCCUGCAGCUGAGAUCCCCAGGAAGUCUGCAGCUGAGAUUCCCAGGAAACCCUCAGAGAUCCCUGAGGUUCCUGCAGCUGGGAUCCCACGGGAGCCUGUGGCUAUGAUUCCCAGGAAACCUGUAGCUGAGAUCCCUUGGGAGCCUGCAGUUGGCAUCCCCAGGAUUCCUGCAGCUGGGAUGCCCAGGAUCCCUACGGUGGGGAUCCCUUGGGAGCCUGCAACAGGGAUCCCCAGGAGUCCUUCCGUUGAGAUCCCCAGGAUCCCUGCAGCUGAGAUCCCCAGGAUUCCUGCCAUUGAGAUCUCGUGUGAGCCUGCAGCUGGGAUCCCCUCGAUUCCUGCAGCUGGGAUCUCUUGGGGAGCUGCAGCUGAGAUCCCCAGGGGGACGAGCCCCCUGUGCUUUGCUGAUGGAGCCUCUGCCAAGCCCAGCUCUCUGGAUGUGACCUGGCCUGAGAUGUACGAAUACCUGUUCUGCGAUUCCCAGGAGGAGGAGGAGGAGCUGGGCAGCUCCGUGGAGGGGCGGAAAUCGCCCUUGCAAAGGGAAAUCUCCUGGCCCGAACUGUACGAGUAUUUUUUCAAUGAACCUGAAGGAAGCAGGAAAAAAGGCAAAGCUAAAGACAGGAAAAGAAAGAAGCCCAGCGGCUUGAACCGCCCUGGGCUGCAGAAGGAGGCUCCCAGCUCGGCUCCAGGCGAGGACUCCGUGGUUAUCCCAGUCCCUGACGUGUAUGAACACUGCUUCCCAGAGAGAGCCCACAACAGGAUGGGCUGGAGAGGGAUUUUCUCAGUGGCUCCAGCCUCCGAGGUGAGGAAAGCUGUGGGGGCUUUGAGGUCCCUGCUGCAAAGGCAAAUCCAGCUGGGAGGAGGCCAAGCCCAAACAUCCCAGGCCCUGGUGCCCAGAAGAUGCGGAGAGAAGCUCGCCCUGGUCCCGUUGGGAGGAGCCCAGGUGUGGCCAGAGGAUGCAGACAAGGCCCUGGCACUGAGAGGAGCAGCAGAGGACCCGCGGGUGCUGAGCCACAAGGACAUGUGCCUCGUCUUCUGCGCCUUCGCGUCCUGGGCGGUGAAGACAUCUGACCUGCAGGCUCCGGAUGCCUGGAAGACCAUGUUCCUGGCGAGUUUUGGCACCCUCUCGGCCAUCCGCUACUUCCGAAGGCAGGUCAGGGAAGGGCACCCCCGGACUUAACCCCUGCCGUGCCGCAGCCGCUGCCCGAGGCCGCCGGGCAGGGGCCGGGACUUUGCUCUGGACGCUGGGAGAAGGCUGGAGCCAGCAGCGAGAACUUCUCCGGCCCCAUCCCCGCCGGGCCAGGCAGCGGGAGCCUGCCGGGAACGGGAACUGACGGUAGGACAGGACAGGACAGGGCAGGGAAUGCCCCCGGUCCCUCCGCCCCGCUGCGGUCACCUGGUGACGCUCGGAGCAAGCGGGGAAGAGCUCCCGACAAAAGAGCCGGGAUAUCUGAGGAGGAGGAAGAGACGGCUUUGGGAAGAGCUGGGCUGCGGGGGGAUGGAGGGGCCGCUCCCUCGGCACAGCCCGGCGCUCCCAGCACCGGUUUGAUCGCACAUCCAGCCCCACCAGGGCUCAUCCUCUCGCAUUUCACUCCAACAAGUCCCAGCUCGGUGCAGCAGCUCGGGGAUAAGGUUUCUGUCGCACAUGGCAUGCAGGGUCUGGCCCUGGGGACACAUCCCGGGGGACAGGACGGGCAGGGGACACGGGACACGUCCCGGGGGACAGGAUGGGCAGGGGUCGCUCGGGGGACAGGACGGGCAGGGGACACGUCCCGGGGGACAGGACGGGCAGGGGACACAUCCCGGGGGACAGGACGGGCAGGGAACAGGUCCCAGGGGACAGGACGGGCAGGGGACAGGUCCCGGGGGACAGGACGGGCAGGGGACAGGUCCCGGGGGACAGGACGGGCAGGGAACAGGUCCCAGGGGACAGGACGGGCAGGGGUCGCUCGGGGGAAGGGGCAGCCGGGGGACCCUGCAGGACACGCACAGGGUGGGAAGGGCAGCACGGAAAGGGGCUGAGCUCAGGGAAUUCUCAGGAAAGAGGACAGGGGGAUGUUGGACAGGAGGGAGAAGGAUGUGGGAGGGUUUGGCUGUGCCAAUCAGCAGGGAAAGGGUCUGGAUAUUUGAUUUAUUUCCUUUUGUACCUCCCGUGCUGGGGAGACAAGGCUGGCUGGGAGAGACGUGGGCUGAGGGGGCCUGGAAUGGAAAGUGUGAGAGGAAAAUGAAACAGUUCCGUUUGCCCCUCUCCCCAGAGCCUCCAUCACCAAUCCAGGGCAUUCUUGAGGAGGAAUUUCCUUCCCUCACGGGGCUGCUACCAGCAGCAAUGUGGGAUUGAGAUGACAGAGGCUCUGGGGGCAGUCAGGGCUGCGGUGUGGGAGCUCUGCAGGAUCGCUGUGCUGUCUCUGAGCAGAGAGCAGAGGUUUCUGUCCCUGUGCUCAGAGUGCCACCAGGCUUUGAGGUGUGCAGGGGUGGGCUGGAGGCCCUGGAUUGCUGCUGACAGGGGGUACAGUGAGAUGUGGGACUGGGAGUUAGAGCUGGACGGGCUCUGCAUGGGCUGGAGCAGCUGAACACCCACCGAGAGGGGUUCUGCGGAGGAGGAGAACACAGGGAAUGUGCUGGAAGCUUCUAAUAAAGUUCUGUCUCAUUUACUA